AUAAGAAGCCAGGAUCGGAGUUCGACAUUCAGUCUCAAAUUGUCUCAGCGAGUGUAUUUGAAGUCUACAAAGCAAGUUCGAAGAUGCCACCGAAGGCUAGUGGAAAAGCUGUGAAGAAAGCUGGCAAAGCUCAGAAAAAUAUCAGUAAGUCUGAUAAGAAGAAGAAGAGGAGGAGGAAGGAAAGCUAUGCCAUCUACAUCUAUAAAGUGUUGAAGCAGGUCCAUCCUGAUACUGGUAUUUCCAGUAAAGCCAUGAGCAUCAUGAACAGCUUUGUUAAUGAUGUUUUUGAGCGUAUCGCUGCCGAAGCUUCACGCUUGGCACAUUACAACAAGAGAUCUACCAUCACGUCUCGGGAAAUCCAAACUGCUGUCAGGCUUUUGUUGCCUGGUGAAUUGGCUAAGCACGCCGUUUCUGAAGGCACGAAAGCUGUCACUAAGUAUACCAGCUCCAAGUAAACGUUGCAGCACCCUAAGACAUAAUCAUCGGCCCUUUUCAGGGCCAACAAUUUUAUAAUAACGUUAAACAAUUUUGUUCAUAGCUGUAUUAUUUUGAUAUACCUUCCAUAAUAGAGUUUCGAGUCAUUGUGUAUACUGCAAUACAACAUAGAAUAUAGUAGCUAGCAUUAAUACAUUUUAUUUCUAAAUAUAUUUGUUAUCCAAUAAUUUAGUAAGGAACUAUUUCACGAUUGUAUAGUAUUUAGCUUAGAAUUUGUCAAAUGCAAGAUUGCAUUCGUAUUCCAGCCACACGUAGCUUUAAUAAUGUAAUGAAAACUGGGUAGAAAAUAUGCAGGUUAUUUUUCUAAUUGUUUUCCGCGGUGUUUUGCGAUUGUUUGACUUGCGCAGUUCAUAUCUGUGAAACAUUCAAUGUGGCGAUCAAUGAUGUAAAUUUACUAAAUAUUUUACUCCUGAAUACUUUUGUUUUUAAGAAAAAUUAGAAAAUUCCGGACAAUAGUUAUAAGAAUAUAAGAGAGUUAUCAGAAAUAUAAAAGUACUAAAUUGGCUAUAAUAAAAAUAAAUUCAAUGGCA